CAGUGGGCCGUGGGCAUGAGCCUGCUCAUGGCCCUCGUGGUGCUGCUCAUCGUGGUGGGCAACGUGCUGGUGAUCGCGGCCAUCGGGCGCACGCAGCGGCUGCAGACGCUCACCAACCUCUUCAUCACCUCGCUGGCCUGCGCCGACCUCGUCAUGGGGCUGCUGGUGGUGCCCUUCGGGGCCACGCUGGUUGUGCGCGGCACCUGGCUCUGGGGCUCCUUCCUCUGCGAGUGCUGGACCUCCCUGGACGUGCUCUGCGUGACGGCCAGCAUCGAGACGCUGUGCGUCAUUGCCAUCGACCGCUACCUGGCCAUCACCUCGCCGUUCCGCUACCAGAGCCUCAUGACCAAGGGCCGCGCCAAGGGCAUCAUCUGCACCGUGUGGGCCAUCUCGGCCCUGGUCUCCUUCCUGCCCAUCAUGAUGCACUGGUGGCGGGAUGAGGACCCCCAGGCGCUGGAGUGCUACCAGGACCCGGGCUGCUGCGACUUUGUCACCAACAGGGCUUACGCCAUCGCCUCCUCCAUCAUUUCCUUCUACAUCCCCCUCCUCAUAAUGAUCUUCGUCUACAUUCGGGUGUACCGGGAGGCCAAGGAGCAGAUCAGGAAGAUCGAUAGGUGCGAGGGCCGCUUCUACGGGAGCCACGAGCAGCAGCAGCCGCCCCCACAGCCGCCGCCCCAGCACCAGCCCAUCCUGGGCAACGGCCGAGCCAGCAAGCGCAAGACCUCCCGCAUCAUGGCCAUGAAGGAGCAGAAAGCCCUGAAGACCCUGGGCAUCAUCAUGGGGGUCUUCACCCUCUGCUGGCUCCCCUUCUUCCUGGUCAACAUCGUCAACGUCUUCAACAGGGACCUGGUGCCCGACUGGCUGUUCGUCUUCUUCAACUGGCUGGGCUACGCCAACUCCGCGUUCAACCCCAUCAUCUACUGCCGCAGCCCCGACUUCCGCAAGGCCUUCAAGCGGCUGCUCUGCUGUCCCCGGCGCGGCGGCCGGCGGCUGCGUGCCGGCCCUGGGGACCUCGCCGGCCUCCCGGGGGGGCUCGUCAGCACCUUGGGCUCCCCCGAGCGCGGCCUCGGCGGCGCCUGGUCCGACUGCAACGGGGGCGCGCGGGGCGGUAGCGAGUCCAGCCUGGAGGAGAGAAAUAGCAAAACGUCCAAUUCGGAGUCCAAGGGAACAGCCAGACUAGUGGAUUUGCAUUGCCUUCUGCUUCUACUCACCAAAGUUUAGCUUCUGCAGUCAGCUUCCGAGGCUGUGAAGCAUGCAGUGAAAG